CUCCGUGUCAACGAGAGCCUCGGCAGUUUCUGGGGUGCAGAAUCAUAAUUCACUCCUUGUAGAUAAUGCAAAAGCACUCUGUUCACAAAGCUUCAAACCUAGAGAGAGAAGAGAGGGAGAGAGAAUUAAUAGCAUCCUCAAAUGAUUACACUCAUCAAGUGCUACAAACCCUUAAUCCUAAUCCAAACCUCUCUAAUCUCUCGCUCACAGAGAUUGAUUCAUACCCAUCACCCCAAAAUCUCCAUCAGCGGCAACAAUUAUUCCAGCAAUGGAACGAGGGUUCGUUGUUUUAGUUCAAUGGGACAAUCUGAGCCUUCAAUCAACGAGAAAAGUAGCAAGAACACCAAUGGUGAUGGGUCAGAGGGUAAAUCGUAUUCGGAGCUGUGGUUGUACAAUACAAUGAGCAAACAAAAGGAAGUGUUCAGGCCAAAGGUGCCAGGUAAGGUCGGCAUGUAUGUGUGCGGUGUCACUGCAUACGAUCUCAGCCACAUUGGCCAUGCUCGUGUCUAUGUCUGCUUCGAUGUCCUCUACAGGCAGAUACCUUAGUCAUUUGGGAUAUGAAGUCAAUUAUGUUCGCAACUUCACUGAUGUUGAUGACAAGGAUAGCUGAGUCUACAAUUUUCAAAUUCUGUAGAUAAUUGCCAGAGCAAAUGAACUGGGAGAGGAUCCAAUUAGUUUGAGCAAACGUUAUUGUGAAGAAUUUCAUCAGGAUAUGGCGCAUCUGCACUGCCUACCACCUUCGGUGGAACCUCGUGUCUCAGAGCACAUGCCCCAAAUCAUUGAUAUGAUUAAGCAGAUUAUUGAUAGUGGUUGUGCCUACAGUAUUGAUGGGGAUGUGUACUUCUCUGUAGACAAGUUUUCAAAAUAUGGACGGUUAUCUGGGCGAAAAUUAGAAGAUAAUCGCGCAGGUGAACGGGUUGCUGUGGACUCAAGGAAGAAAAAUCCUGCUGAUUUUGCUCUGUGGAAAUCUGCAAAGGAGGGUGAGCCCUUUUGGGGGAGUCCCUGGGGUCCUGGAAGACCUGGAUGGCAUAUAGAGUGCAGUGCUAUGAGCGCUACUUAUUUGGGCUACUCUUUUGACAUACAUGGUGGAGGGAUGGAUCUUAUCUUCCCCCACCAUGAAAAUGAAAUUGCUCAGAGUUGUACUGCAUGUGAGAACAGUAACGUAAGCUACUGGAUACACAAUGGAUUUGUAACUAUUGACUCAGAGAAAAUGUCCAAGUCACUAGGCAACUUCUUCACAAUUCGGCAGGUUGUAGACCUAUACCAUCCCCUUGCAUUAAGACUUUUCCUAAUUGGGACACACUAUCGAUCUCCAAUCAACUACUCAGAUGUACAGCUUGAAAAAGCGUCUGACCGUGUUUUUUACGUCUAUCAGACAUUACAUGAUUGUGAAGUUCUUCUGAGCCUGCACAAUAAUGUAAAUCGAAAGGACUCAAUUCCACCAGAUGUCAAGAGUUGUAUCAAUAAAUUUAAUGAUGAAGUUCUAGUGUCGAUGUUGGAUGAUCUUCACACUCCUGUUGCUUUGUCUGCACUCUCUGAGCCAUUGAAAAUCAUCAACGAUUUGCUACACACUCGCAAGGGGAAGAAGCAAGAGUUACGUAUAGAAUCGCUUGCAGCUUUAGAAAAGACAAUUAAGAAUCUUCUUUUUAUUUUAGGCCUUAUGCCAACAAGUUACUCUGAGGUUUUGCAGCAGCUGAGGGAAAAGGCAUUGAAGCGUGCAAAGUUGACUGAAGAUCAAGUUCUGCAAAAAAUUGAAGAAAGGACUACUGCAAGAAUGAACAAAGAGUACGAAAAAUCAGAUGCAGUAAGGAAAGAUCUGGCUGCUGUGGGUAUUGCCCUCAUGGACAGUCCAGGGGGAACAAGUUGGAGACCAGCUGUUCCUCUUGCCAUGCAGGAGCAGCAGGUUGUUGCAGUUUGAAUGGCUUCUGGGGUUGUCGCUGUUGAAACCUGGCAUCAUUCUGCAUUUAGAAUUUGGAUAAUUUUUUCUCCUAAUAGAAUUUAAGAAUCAGGUUUUAUUUUGAAAUGUGGGCGUGGCACUUAUUUAUUGGCAGUUCAGUUGAGUGGAGGUAAUAAAAUUCAGUGACUAUAGGGAUUUGGCCAUGUAAAUCUAAGUUCUUUUAAUAUUUCACGGAGUUUCUAUUUGCUACUGUACAUAGCCCUCCUUCGCCAAUGUAGACUAAGAGUUCUUUUA